GCUGUAUAUCUGUCCAUGGCAGAUUGCACAUCCUGGCGGUAAACUGUUCGAAGAAUGACCAUGACGGGGUCAAAUUCCUGAUCCCAGACUUCAGCUUUAGGAGUAUACAUGCCUUGUUGCAUAGAGCCUCCAAGUUCAAAAACAGGAGCCUUAAAAUCAGCUACAGCAGAUAAAACUGAUUCAAAGCUGUAACUUCCAGGAAUAAUACCACUUUUGGGGUUGGGAUUUUCUGGGAUGAGGUCAAGCAAAGAGCUAUGUGUCCUGUCAUUCAUACACAGCUGGGCCACCAUCUCUGCCCUGAGAAUCUCAUCAUCAGACAUUCUAAGUGUAAGCGAAGACUCAGAAGAAUCACGGGGAAGGCGGCCCUCGGAGUGCAGCUGGUGGUGACCCUGUUCGCUGCCACCCUCAUGCACAGGCUGGCUCCACAUGGCUCCUUUGCCCGCUGGCUGCUCUGUAACGGCAGUCUGUUCCGCUACAUACACCCGUCAGAGGAGGAACUGCGGGUGCUGGCAGGGAAACCAAGGCACAGAGGCAGGAAGGACAGGUGGGCAAAUGGCCUUCAUGACGAGAAGCCAUUGUCAGUGCCUCGAGACGCCCCUUUCCAGCUGCAGACCUGUCCCCUCACUGCUGCGGAUGCCCUAGUCCUGCGCUUCUUUCUGGAAUACCAGUGGUUCGUGGACUUCGCGGUGUACUCCGUCGGUGUGUUCCUCUUCACGGAGGUCUACUAUUUUGUGCUGGGCCCAGUCCAGGAGACCAACAUUGCCGUGUUCUGGUGCCUGCUCACACUGGCUUUUUGUCUCAAGGUGUUCCUCAUGGUGACCCGACUGUACUUCAGUGCCAGAGAGGGCGGCGAGCGCGCAGUCUGCCUCACCUCCGCCCUCCUCUCCCUGCUCUUAGCCAUGCUAGUGCAGGUGGUGCGGGAGGAGCUCCUGGAGCUGGGUCUGGAGCCAGGUCUGGCCAGCGUGACCCAGAACCUGGAACCUGUGCUGAAGAAACAGGAUUGGGACUGGGCACUCCCGGUGAUCAAGCUGGUCAUCCGCCUUGGGCUGGCGAUGCUGGGCUCCUUGCUGGGCGCCUUCCUCAUUUUCCCAGGCCUGAGACUGGCGCAGACGCACCAGGACGCACUGACUCUGUCUGCAGACCGGCCGCUGUUGCAGCUGCUCCUGCACACCAGCUUCCUGUCGCCCCUGUGCACCCUGUGGCUCUGGACAAAGCCUAUCGCUCGUGACUUCUUCUACCAGGCACCCUUGAGGAACGUGACCUCCUCUAUGCCGUCAGAAGGGGCCUUCGAUUCCCUGCGUCUCUGGGUGCUGGUGGCGCUGUGCCUGCUGCGGCUAGCCGUGACCCGGCCACACCUGCAGGCCUACCUCUGCCUGGCCAAGACUCGAGUGGAGCAGCUGCGCAAGGAGGCUGGCCGCAUUGAGGCCCGUGAGAUUCAGCAGCGGGUGGUCCGGGUCUACUGCUAUGUGACGGUGGUGAGCCUGCAGUACCUGACUCCGCUCAUCCUUACUCUGCACUGCACCCUGCUGCUCAAGACCUUGGGCGGCUACUCUUGGACCCUGGGCCCUGUUCCAACCCCACUGACCCCGCGCCAGUCUUCAAACAUUUUGAUCUCUGUGAACCCAGCGGAGGAUGAAGCCCAGCAGACCGCGGCCCAAGUCGCAGGGGUCCUGGGUGGCCUGCUUGCGCCCCUCUUACUCCGUGGCGUGCUGGCCUACCUCAUCUGGUGGACUGCUGCCUGCCAGCUGCUCUCCAGCCUCUUCGGCCUCUAUUUCCACCAGCACCUGGCACUUUCCUAGCGUGAUGCCACUAGGCACUGGCUUGGAACUGUCCAUCCCCUGUGUGUGUACCUCAGUGCCCCUAGAUGACCUGGGGGUAAGGGUAGAAACUCACCACCAUCUCUCACCUCAGUGCCUAGAUCAUGGACCCCUUGAAUCAGGUUCCCUGGACCUGGAGGCCAUGGUCCUCAAGUGUGUAUUUAUGUGUGUGUGUGUGUGUGUGUACACGCUAGAGUGCAUGCCUGCAUGUGUGUGUAGGAUGUCAGUGGGAGGCUGCUCUCAAAUAAAAGGGGUGGGCCACUUUUAUAGAGAUAUGCCAGAGGCUAGGGAGAUAAGCAGGGGAGACCUGGGUGGUGAGAAGGGCUUAGGAGAGCGGUACUAGGCAGGAGUAGAAAAACGGAGGAGGUUAGAGAUUGCCAGAAAGCUAGGGGUGGAGCUCAGGCCCAGCAUCCACGUAUCCCUGGGGUCUAUCACUAUCACUAGGAGGGAAUGAGACAAAGUCACCAUGCCCAUCUCCCAGCACACUGGGGAGGCUGAGGCAGGGGGAUUAGUUUAGACUAGUAACAAGAUCAUGUCUCCAAAACAAGGGGGAGAGGAAAGUCAGAACUGUCACCAGCCUUGGAUGCUGUGAGAUGACUGCUGAGGGUCACCACCAACUCCAGCGCUGUCCCGGUCCUGUGACUGUAUGUGCACGUGUUCAUGAGACAUGCAUGUGCUGUGUGGCCCUCCUACAUAUGGAAAUGUAUAUUGAAAAUAAAAAUGGAGGCCUCCUGUAGCGCUGCCUAGUAACACUGCCAGUGGCCAGGAGCAGUGCUGUCACAGCCCUGAGGGCUCACUCUGGAGAGGUGGAAAGGACUCAGGAAUGUGACUGUUGUCCAGGCCCACAAGUGCCAUUAUGAGAGGCCAGGAGGACAGCUUGGCACGUAGGAUUUGCCUUCUACCUUUGAGACAAGGUCUCUAGUGGUGCUGGGAUCACACCUGUGCUGCUCUGUCCCACUUAGGAGCUCAGGUCUUUAUGACUAAUAUGUGUGUGCCAUGAACCCGCGGGAUUUUCCUGACUCUUGGGAGAGGCUCCCAAACUGGCACAAAGCUGUGGGAGCUUGAGGAAGGUUCCAUGGGCAUCAAGGAUGGGCAAGCAAAGGGUGAUAUGCCCUGCAGGGGUGCAAAAAGCAGACAAUCCUGAAAAACCAAGGCUCUGCUCUGGAGGACCCGAGAGUGACUUCAGAGUGGAGGGCACACACCACAGAUGGUCCUACCCCAGCACUUGGCUGGUGGGGGGCUGGGCUGCUUUCCAGUGGCUGAUGUCUGUGGUUGCCAAUAAUGACAGAGGCAGGCCAGCUGGCACUAUGCAAGAAGUUGAAGUCAGCCUGGAUUAUAUAUCUCAGAUAUAUAAAUAAAUAUACGAAGCAUUUUUUAUUGGCA